AUGUUUAUCUUAACCACCAUAUCGGACUUGAUCCAGAUUUCGCCCGAGGAUUUCUCGAAGUUCAGUGCAGUUGCACUUGAAGACAAUAUCAAUGCAAAAUACGCCAAUAAAGUCAUCCAAAAGAUUGGCCUUUGCAUCAGCUUCUAUGACCUACUUGAGUCUUCUGAUGGCCUGAUUGGUCACGGAACUGGGUUGGUCAACGUCAACGUUAAAUUCCGCAUGAUUGUCUUCAGACCCUUCAAGGGAGAGAUCAUGCUAGGGAAAAUUUCUAGCGGCACAGAGCAUGGAAUCAAGAUUGGCAUUGAAUUCUUCAAUGAUAUCCUUAUCCCGCCGCAGAUGCUCAUGGAAAAGUCCCGCUUUGACUAUGCCGAGCAGGUAUGGAUCUGGGAGAGCGAAGGCGGAACUGAAUUCUUCUUCGAUGUAGGAGAAGUUGUUCGAUUCCGUGUUGAAUCAGAAGAGUGGCAUGACCAAAUCCCGAAUGCACCAGAUGUUGUGGAUGAAACACCACAGGAGAGGCGCCCUCCGUAUUCCAUUCUUGGCUCUAUGCAAAUGGGCGGAACGGGACCCAUCACAUGGUGGUAG